CAAAUCAUGGAAGACCACCACCAACUCCGCCGACGGCCUCCACCCCCUAAUCCCUCCGCCUCCUGCUAUUGCGCCGUCGACGGCGAAGACCCAACCACGAUCUACGCCCUCUCUGGUACUGGAUUGGACGCCACCCCCUACACCCUUCUACUGGUACCGGACCCCGGCGUGGACUGGCCGAUUGGAGAUGAUGGGUGGCCUCUACAAUCGCCCGAACUACUCGACCUAUCUGAACGACGAACCAAUGCCUGACGCCGCGUCAGAAAAGGAGCAGGGCAAUGAGUAUUUCAAACAGAAGAAGUUUGCAGGUGGUGCGUCGAAAGGAGGAUCCGGUGCAAGCCUCAAAGACAAUAAUAUGCUGCAAUCUCGAGAUGCUAAACAGAAGCCUGCACCAGAAAUAUCAGUACAAGAUCUUGCAUCACGUGCUGCUUCACGGUAUAUGUCCAGCACUGUAAAAAGUGUGAAGACACCAAAGACAGCUUAUGAUUUUGAGGUUUCUUGGAGAGCUAUCUCUGACGACCCUGCCCAGCAAAUACAGUUGUUAAAGUCGAUUCCACCAGAGAGCCUACCGGAGAUUUUUAAGAAUGCACUUUCAUCUGCUUUUCUGAUUGAUAUCGUUAAGUGCACAGCCUCAAUCUACCGGGAUGAUGCGGUGUUAGCAGUUAACAUUUUGGAGAAUUUGGCAAAAGUUUCUCGCUUUGACUUGAUAAUCAUGUGCCUCUCGCCCAUGCAUAAAUCUGAGCUGCGGAAGGUCUGGGGUCAAACAUUCGUCGUUGAAAAUGCGUCGCGAGAUCAAGUUGAAGCCCUCAAACUGCUGCAAGCCAAAUACGUUCAAGGAGGAUGGCAUGAUGACAAGUUCACUUUCCGCUAAUGAUGAUGUUGUUGUGAAGACGAUUCCCUAGAAAUACUAUGCCCUCUAGUCGAGCGAUAUUGGACUACCCUUCUUGUAGAGUGAACGUUAAAUUUACCUGGAGCCGUAAACCGUAGAAUUCAGAAUCAUGAGUAUUUUGCUUUGAUUUA